UAAAAGUCCGUUCCCGACUCCUCAGAAGUGUUUUAGCGAACGAACCAAAAUCGACAGACAGUAAGGAUAAUGACGCUUCCUAAGUGGCACUAUCCGAAAGAAAUCCAACUGAUGAUGCCAUGAUUACAAAGUAGAAGCCAUCAUGGACAAUUUUCACCACUCAGAACAGGCAACCAACAUGUCUGCCAGUGGCUUAUCUGACAGGAGCUCUCUUCCCAUGGGAGACAACUUUCAUCACCCUGAGCAUGGCGCCGCUCUGCCAUCUGGUAGCCUCUCUGACCGGAGUCCUCUGCCCCUGGGUGUUGACCAAGACCCGCCGGUCCAGUCAUGGUCAGCAACGGCGGCGCAGGAUGAUGUGGCGGCUGACUACUCCAUGUUCCCCGCCACACAGCCGGACGCAGACUACGCCUCCCAGCAGAUGACUGACAUCGUACAUCAGACGUACAUGCACUCUGGUCUGACACAGAGUGAUUCAUAUGACGGAGAUCACUUGAGAGACAUGACAAGGCCACAGGGUCUGGACAUGUUCAGCAGUCGAGGUUUAAACAUGCCAGAUACUUAUGAAGCACGCAGUAGCCUGAAUGAUCAACACCCAGUGGAGGUGUAUGAACCCCGAGGGAGCCUUAGCGAGCACCCUGUGGAGGUGUACGAACCUCGAGGGAGCCUUAGCGAGCAGCAUGCCAUGGACCUGUUUCAGAUGAAGGAUGUCUCACAGGACUCUCUGAACAAAGGAAAAGACGUCCCAUCAGCUGGACGGGUGAUGGCCGAGUCACGAGCUCAACCCCCGAUGAAGAUGUCAGACCACCUGACAGACUCCAGGCAUCUGGCUCUGUCUGAUAUACAGGACUUAAGGAGGGUCAGUAUUUCUGGAAUCCAGACCAUGUGUAAGCCUGGUGGGGCUGAAGACAGCUCACAGUACACAGUGCUCGACAUGCAUUACAACAACCGACCAAACAUGGAAGUCACCAGUGCCUCGACGAUGUCAGAUGCAAGGUACCAGUCCCUCAUUGACAGUAUGGCCAUGGCUCAGAGAGUGAACGAUUCGAGGAAUCUUUCUGCAGCCAACACGUCAAGACACUUACUGCCAGCUCUGAGUCCUCAGUAUGCAGAUGAGAGACCGCCGAGGAUGGUCAAUCCACAGUAUGCUGGUAACCAUAGCAACAGGCCGGGGCGAUCUGUUGCUAAUAUGGAUACGUACUGUACGAAGAGUAAUUCUGAAAUGUUUCAGGCAGACAAAGGUGAUGCUCAGGGAGCCGACAGGAAUGUGUCUCUGUCCCAGCACAGAUCGGUGCAGAGAAACUCUGUUGAUGUCUUCUCCGAGCGAUCAGCCAGUUCAUUUGGUCAGCAGAUCUUCGAGGACAGCGUAAGAACAUCCUCAUCUCGAACGUCAAACACCAAUGCCAAUUUUGUCUAUGCCGAGACAUCUGCGCCUAUCGUCAAGGCAAGGCAUCUGUGCUUCCAGGAGGAGGAGGAUGUGCAAAGUAAAGCCUCGGGCACAAACGUCAGCUUCACAUUUGUGGACAAUUCUGUGCCCAUGUCGAAGAUGAAUCACCAGAUGUACGAAGAUGACCUGAGGACCAGCCAGGCGUCUGCUGGCCAUUCUGAGUUUGUUGGUGGGAUGCUGUCAUCCAGUGGGGGCAGUAACCACGGCAGUGACACGGCGAUGGGAAGGAGUGACCAGGAGGUGUUGCUCACAGACAAGGAGUGGACCCAGGUGACCAGACUGAAGCUGUUCCACAUGAUGACCAACAAGAAAAUGUGUGACGUGGCACUGAAAGCGGGAGAUCUGAGGAUUGAGAUCCACAAGGUGGUUCUUUGUGCAGCCAGUGAUCAGCUUGCAAUGCUGCUGGACUCUGUUGACAGUGACGGUUUUCCAGUAUUAUCCACCAGUGCUCAGGUUUCAGAAGAUGUGCUUCACGCAUUCGCAGAAUUCCUCUAUCUUGGAUCAGUAAAAGUCACCAUAGACAAUAUCAAUGAGAUGAAUAAGCUGGCAAGCGCUUUCCAUAUCUACGCACUACACGAUCUCUGCUGGGAGCUGCUUGAGAAGAAUGGAGCGGGGGCAAGUAACAGGUUACGUGAUCUGAAACUGACCUUUGAGAGUCAUAACUCUACCAGCAUUCAGAGGAAUGACUGUGGAAUAAACACUGACAGUACUGUAGGCUUGGAUGCAGACGAUGAUGGUGAAGCUAGUGAAAUUAAGUUUUCUCCCCAGUCUGCAAAUAAAAGUGGUUCUACUGGAAGAGGUAAAGGUCGUGGCCGAGGAAGAUGCCGCAGUCAAGGUCAAGGACGGUCAAAGAGCAUGCCUGAAGAAACGAAGGCCGCCAAACCAGUAGAAAAGAUUGGUGCUUCAACACAUACUUACGGCACAAGGGGACUGGCAAAGAAGCAGCUGUUUGAAGACGGUGUUUCUGAUGAGAACAAUGAAAUGAAAUCCAACCAAAAAGCAGCUGUGAAGACUCCAGUACAGACCACCCCGAAGAGAAGAAGAAUGAAUGCCAGUAAACCUGUGAACACUGAGAUUAUGGGUGAAGCUGCAGAUAACACAGAGGCUGCAGCCCCGAGUUGUGAAACGAAACCUGUUAGUGACAUCAAGGAUUGUGAAUCUGUGGUAAAAGCUCCCGUAAAGCCGCGACACAGGAGCCUGAAGCAGAAACUGAUGGAGUCUGUGACUGAGGACAGUGCCCUGGACAAUCCGGCCGUGGUGAGCAGCAAUCCCCUGGCCAGGCUGAUGAUAGACGAAGACAAGCACACGGCAGCUGGGGAUCACCUGGAGGAUGGUGCAGAUUACACCAGUCUGAAAGGAAAAAAGGGGAAAAAAAGCUCGGGCAAGGAAAUUUCCCAUACCACCCCAUCUCCAGAUGACAGUCAGACCUCCACCGAAGAAAAGAGCUAAGAUGGAGCUGAAACGUCUUAAACUGGAGGAAGAAGAACUAGGUUUAGGUCUCAGCCUCCUUGAAGAAGACAUGGAUGACCUGCCCUUGACAUUUGUAACAGAGCAAGAGGAAACUCCAGAGGUUAAAGCUGUUGACAAGGU